CUAAACCCACCAAUUUUAGACAGAAUUCAUAAUUGGCCUAUCUUUUAUUAUGUAGAGUAGGCUAUAGCAAAGUCAACAGAACAGAAUUCAGUCAUAAAAGUGGUGUGGCUCCUUUAAGACACAAUCCAUUGGUAUGAGUUCUUCAGAUAUCCAACUUUAUGUUAGCCUAUACUGUUGUGUUCGGUAAGGUCUGCUGUUUAUUCUGAUAUAUGGUUUGUCAUGUGUUGAGUGUUUGUGAGAUAUUCUACAGAGAUUAAUUGAGAUGGGUGCAGAGCUGUAGGCUAUGCUGAGUAGGCUAAUUACAUUUCUUGAAAAUCCUUAAUUAAUUUUCACCAUUGUUUAAAAUCUGAGAAAACGCUUUCGGCUUUCGGAUAUCUGUGUGAUGAGUAGGCCUAGGCUACUAGCGAGUAAUUCAACAGAAAACAAUGGGUGGCCGCACUUUGUGUCCGUCAGCCUCAUCUAAUUAGCAGCGUGUUCCCUGAAAGUUGAAUGCAGCGGGCAGUAGUAGGCCUAUAGUAUGCGGGCCACUUCAACUAUUUGCGUGAGCAUAUUAGCCUACAUCAGAUCCACAGAUAAAGAUACAUCAGAUCCACAGAUCUCGCUAUACAGUCAUACUUACAUAAUCAUAGCAGUGGUACGAGAGCAUAGCGGCAGUUUCUUAAUUGUAGUGUCAAAAAAGUAAAGCGCUGUGCCAUAUGCUGCCAGGCGGCUCUCUGAAGGUAGGCUAACUCAAAUCAGCGUGAUUUAACUGGGUGCUAAUUUCCCAGCCUCAGUAUGCAUCUGUUUGUGUAGGCUAGGUAUGUGAUCAUGUGCAAUGACAAUUAAUAAUAAUUGUAAUAAUAAUGAUAAAAAAAUCGAAAUAGGAAACAUGACGAGGCCUUCUGGUGGCCGAGGUCCAAGGCAAUUGCCCGACCUUGCCCUUUGGUAGCGCCGCCUAUGCACUUACUGCAACUUAAAGGUGCAGUCAGCGAUUUCAAACAUUUUCACAUUCAGCAAUCAUCUUCUCACAACCACCAGCUGCCCAUUCCGUGAGUACAGUGUAGGCUUUAAACAACCUCUGUAGGCAGCCCAGGCUCAGAAAACUGGAAACAAACAAAGUGGGGGCAGCCUGUUCCCCAAACAAAAACAAAACCCUGCUUGAUAUUUCUUUGGGAAUACUGACUGGAGGGAUGAGCUACCUCAGUGAUGAAUUCACCUAUCAACAGUAUAUUGGCUGUGCCUUCAAUCGCCAGGGCCCGGUUGGGCGCUUUUGGCGUUAUGGAUUUAAUACUAAAGACAUUAUGCAAGUGGAUCUGAAGAAUGAGGCUGUUGUGGCUGUAAGUGAUGAGGGCAAUUUUAUGGCAGAAGAAAGACAAAGUAAAGUUUAUUUCAAAGACAAGGAAUAUAAACUGAUGAGGAUAUGUUCUGCAGUAAAUACGGUCUUCUUGCAGUCCAACAACUCCCUCUCCAAAGAUGCUAAACCCACUGUCAGAGUGUCUUUGGAAGAGUCGGAGGGUAAGGAGUACAUCAUGUGCUCUGUACAGGGAUUCUCCCCAAACACCAUUAGCGUGCGCUGGGUUUAUAAAGGAAAAAUUGUGCACUUUGCUAGAACAACCACUGGGCUUCUGCCUCGCAAAGAUGGAACAUUCCAGAUCACCAGUUAUCUGACUCUGGGGAACAAGACACUUCAGGACAUUGUCUGUGAGACAGAGCACAUCAGCAUUGAAGGAACUUUACAGGCCACCCUUGACGACAAGUAUUCAAUGGGAAUCUUAGUUGGAGUUGGCAUCCUGUCAUUCUUUCUGGCAUGCCUGACACCAGUGGGUGUAACUGCUUUUAUUUCCUGUAUGAAGAGGAGGCCCCAGAGCUCACUUAAUGACUCUUUGGAACAGUCUAGUGAUAACAGUGUUAACCCUGCUUCUGUGAGUCUAAUGGAUAUCGAGCCUCAGGCGGAUCAGGACCCAGUGGCAUAAACAAAACACCUGUUGCUGUUCAGAGCAGGCCCUCUUGUGGAUAUUUUGGAGAGUGUAGUGUACUCUGAGCUGGUGAAUUCAGUUUUGAAGGAACAAUGCAAAUUGAAUUUGUACUUUUUGGGAUCUUGGUUGGUUAAUAUUAAAGAAGGAGCAUUUAUUCACACACGGAAGAUAAAUGAAAACAAAUAAUAUUGAACAGAACCCCCAAUCCCCGAAACAUUGAAGGAUAGAAGUAAUCAUACAGUGCCAUAUUAAAUAACACAAAUUAAAUUUUCUUGAGGUCACUAUUUGUGGUUGAGUACCCGAGUGGUGAAGCAGAAAUCAGCCCGAGACAGCAGGUUUAGGAGGGCCCACGGUGUUUUAUUUACAACGUGAAACAAUAAUCAAAAAUACAGUUGACUUCCUAUCCAACACUCGAUUGCACCCAACAUGAAGUAAAAGGAAAAAGACAAACAAAACAUUUAACAGACACAAAUAUUUAAAGGUCUCUUAUGGCUACAUGCCACUAUAUAUAGCAGACCUGACCGCAGGACUCACACCAGCCCCUUACCGCGUGUCAUAAAACAUUGAACUCCUGCAUAGAGAAAAGCCAGCGUUUAAAUGGCCAAUUAAUUAAUUACUUCUGCCAAAACCGGCGAAGUCUAGGCACCAGCGAAGUCUAAACACCCAAAACGGGCACACCGCCCCUACCUGGUGGACAUCUAAAGCAAACAUCAUGACAU